GCGAGACAUCUCAGUGCGUGUGCCCGGGUGCCUCUGCAUCUCGAGCAAAAGGAGGGGGCGGACAGGGAGGGGAGGGCACCGGGCGCAAGAAAACCCACCCUCCUCUCUUUCUAAUUUCACAUUACGCUCGGGAUUGCUUAGUCUGUCAGAUGAAACUGGCCGAAAGGAGAGGAAAGUGACAAGCCGCUUGCCUCAAACCCUGGCAAGUCCUGGACGCACUAUUGAUCCGAAAGAACAAUCAAUCAUGACUACGGAAUCUGGAUCUGAUUCUGAAUCAAAACAGGACCAAGAGCCAGAGCAUCAAGAAGCCUCUGGACAGCAGGGACAAGCUGGGGCUCAACAGCAGCCACCGGAGCAGCCACUCAGGGAGGAACAUCAGCAGGCGUUGGAGCAGUUCUCUGCAGCAGCAGCACAUAGCACUCCAGUAAAAAAAGAGGUCACUGACAAGGAACAGGAAUUUGCUGCUGCAGCUUCAAGACAGCUUGAGUAUCAGCAGUUUGAAGACGAUAAACUUUCUCAGAAAUCAUCUUCCAGCAAACUCUCUCGAUCUCCUUUGAAGAUUGUUAAAAAGCCUAAAAACAUGCAGUGCAAAGUGAUUCUUUUAGAUGGAACAGAAUAUCUCUGUGAUGUUGAAAAACGUUCCAGAGGCCAAGUACUAUUUGACAAAGUAUGUGAACAUCUGAACCUAUUAGAAAAAGAUUACUUUGGUUUAACAUACCGGGACACCGAAAACCAAAAGAACUGGCUGGACCCUGCUAAGGAAAUAAAAAAACAGAUUCGAAGUGGUGCUUGGCAGUUUUCAUUUAAUGUGAAAUUCUACCCGCCAGAUCCUGCCCAGCUAUCUGAAGACAUCACCAGGUACUACCUCUGUUUACAGCUGAGAGAUGAUAUAGUAUCAGGAAGAUUGCCAUGUUCUUUCGUUACACUUGCCCUUUUGGGAUCCUAUACUGUUCAGUCUGAACUUGGAGACUAUGACCCAGAUGAAUGUGGAAGUGAUUAUGUCAGUGAAUUCCGUUUUGCACCAAACCACACAAAAGAACUGGAAGAUAAAGUGAUUGAGCUACACAAGAGCCACAGGGGAAUGACACCAGCAGAAGCAGAGAUGCAUUUCUUAGAAAAUGCCAAAAAGUUAUCUAUGUAUGGAGUCGAUCUACAUCAUGCCAAGGACUCUGAAGGAGUAGAAAUUAUGUUAGGAGUUUGUGCAAGUGGUCUUUUGAUAUAUCGAGACAGACUCCGAAUAAACAGAUUUGCCUGGCCAAAGGUUCUGAAAAUUUCUUACAAAAGGAACAAUUUUUACAUAAAAAUCAGACCAGGAGAGUUUGAACAAUUUGAAAGCACCAUUGGGUUUAAGUUGCCAAACCAUCGGGCUGCAAAGCGUUUAUGGAAAGUAUGUGUUGAACACCACACAUUUUUCAGGCUCUUGUUACCAGAAGCUCCGCCAAAGAAAUUCCUUACCUUGGGUUCCAAAUUCCGCUAUAGUGGCAGAACGCAAGCCCAAACUAGAAGAGCUAGUGCACUGAUAGACCGGCCAGCACCUUAUUUUGAGCGUUCUUCUAGCAAACGGUACACAAUGUCCCGCAGCCUGGAUGGGGCAUCAGUGAAUGAAAACCAUGAAAUAUACAUGAAGGAUUCUAUGUCUGCUGCAGAGGUUGGUACUGGCCAGUACGCCACGACAAAGGGCAUCUCUCAGACCAACUUGAUAACAACUGUGACGCCGGAGAAAAAGGCAGAAGAAGAGCGUGAUGAGGAAGAGGACAGGAAGAAAAAGGCUGAGGAAGUCACUCCAGUCUCAGCAAUACGGCAUGAGGCAAAGUCACCUUGGCUUGGCAACAGUUCAUUUUCCUUCUCACCGUCCUCAUAUAAUGGUCCCAGUGCAUCUCCAGCAACCCUCCGUAGGAGAUGUAAGGAGAAUGUUCAAAAAGCAUUAGGUUGUGAGCCAGCCAAAGACACUGGGCAGACUCGUGGUGAGCCUGACUUGGAUUCUAAUGGGAAAGGGAAAGCUUAUGCAGGGGAUCAAGACCUGGCCUUUAGCUACAAACAACAAACUUGCAAAGGUGCAACGCUGUUUUCCUUCUCCUUGCAACUCCCGGAGUCAUUUCCUUCUCUUCUAGACGAUGAUGGGUACCUCUCCUUCCCCAACCUUUCUGAAACCAACUUGCUCCCUGCGAACUUGCAACAUUACCUUCCGAUUCGCUCUCCAUCACUUGUGCCCUGCUUCCUCUUCAUCUUUUUCUUUCUGCUGUCCGCUUCUUUCUCAGUGCCGUAUGCCCUCACUCUUUCCUUCCCUCUGGCUAUGUGCCUCUGCUACCUGGAGCCCAAGGCAGCCUCCUUGAGCGCCUCACUAGACAAUGACCCGAGUGACAGUUCAGAGGAAGAGACUGACAGUGAACAGACGGAUACUGCAGCUGAUGGUGAAACCACUGCCACUGAGUCGGAUCAGGAGGAAGAUGCAGACCUCAAGGCACAGGAGUUAGAUAAAAAUCAGGAAGAACUGAUGAAACAUCAGACCAACAUUAGUGAGCUGAAAAGAACCUUUUUAGAGACCUCCACAGAAACUGCUGUGACUAAUGAAUGGGAAAAGAGACUUUCCACAUCUCCAGUGCGGCUCGCUAUGAGACAGGAGGAUGCCCCAAUGAUUGAACCACUUGUGCCUGAAGAGACCAAAGAAGAAAGAGAAAUAUCUGAAAAAAUUAUAUUUUUGCAGCAGGGAAGUUCUUCAUUCCUUGAGUCUCAGCCAAAAGAUUUAAAGAGACUCAAGGAAAGAGAUUCUACUGGCACUAUGGUUUCUUCUCAUCAAAUCAUUUUGCAGAAAACGGUCCCAUCAACUUUAGAGGGCACAGAGGAUUGGGUUAUUGUAGACAAAAUACCCACUGAGGUAGUUGAUGGCGAUUCAAAAAAAAUUGUCACUUACAAAGUGGUGACUGUGAGCAGCAAAAGUGGUGACAUUCCUGCUGAUGUGUUAAAAUCCAGCACCAUUGAAAUGCAGAGUUUUGAUGACUUAACACGGGAAGUGCAAUGGAAAGAAGAAAGCAAACAGAAAACAUACACUUUAGGAAAAUCUUAUGAUACUGUCUCUGGAAAAAUUGUGACCAUGACAGGGAAAGCUAAGGAGGGUGAAAAGGCAGGAGAGCCCUCCACACUUGAAGCCCUUCAGAAAUUUGAGAGAGGGAUGACAGAAUCUGUGAAAAUCAUCCCUGUAAUGACAGAAUAUGAGGUCCUAGAAGCUAUCUCAGAUGACAGAGCCAGGAGAGGAUCUGAGGUGCACAUUGUGAAAAGGAAAUUAUCAGAAUCUUUGGCCCCCAUAAAGGAAGCUGAAUCCCGGCUGCCAAGUCCAGAUGAAGAAAGUUUGAAGAAAGCCCAGAAGCUGGAAAAGGAUUUGGAAUUACCCACUGGCUUAAGAAGUAUACAGCCUUCUGGGGUAGAACAUGUGUCAGACAGUGAAACUUUAAAAGCAGAAUUUUUUGCUCGCAAAGAAAAAAGCCCAUCUGAAUGGAGAUAUUCUCGGGAACCAGGAUUCACCAUUGCCACUGCUCAUUAUGUCAAUGAAUCAGCUGCAUCUCGAGUGGUGACUAAGUCUACUGGUGAAAAGAUUUUGGAUGGCUCAGAUAUCUUCACUUUAAUAGAUUCUGCAAGAAAACCCACAGAGUUCAUAGGAGGGGUUACUACUUCUUCACAGCACUGGGUUCAGAGAACAGAAACCAAGACGGAGCCCAGUGAAAUACAGAAAGCAUCAAGCGAGCAGCACCAGCAGCUUAGUGCAGAGAAGGUUGUUCAGCAAACAGUGGUGGUGGAGGAGAGACGUGUGAUGAAUGUGCAUGCAAGUGGGGAUGGUUCUAACCUGGCUGGAACUCAUUUGGAUGCUGCAGCUCAGGCAGCAUCUGCUGUGGCUUCUAAUAUUACCGGGAAAGCAGGUUCUGCUCUGACUGAGGGGGCUAAAGAGGAGAAAAGGGAGGAGGAGGAGGCAGCUGAUAAAUCUGUGAUCAAACAGGAAGAGAUUGCCGCUGCUUCUCAUGAGCAAGAGGAGGAGCAGACUGCAAGAUCCCUCAUUUUGGAAUCAUUGGAAUCAAAACCUCAUUUUGAGUCACCAUCUGUGAAAACAGAGACCAUCAGUUUUGGCAGUGUCUCCCCAGGAGGAAUUAAGUUGGAAAUUUCGACUAAGGAAGUGCCAGUAGUUCAUACAGAGACAAAAACCAUAACAUAUGAAUCAUCACAGGUUGAUUCCAGUGCUGAUACUGAGCCAGGUGUAUUGAUGAGUGCACAAACAAUCACAUCAGAAACAACCAGUACUACAACCACCACACACAUCACCAAAACUGUGAAAGGAGGCAUUUCAGAGACAAGAAUUGAAAAGCGAAUAGUCAUCACGGGAGAUGCAGACAUUGACCAUGACCAGGCGCUGGCUCAGGCAAUUAAAGAGGCCAAAGAGCAGCACCCUGACAUGUCAGUGACCAAAGUAGUGGUACAUAAAGAGACAGAGAUCACACCUGAAGAUGGAGAGGACUGACCCCAGGAAUAAUUUAGCUUGCAUAUGAAUCCAGUCAUGCACACCAUUAGGAACACCAGAGCCUAUAUGGAGUCCCCGUUCUAACCCGACUGACUGACUUGUAUCUGUCCAUGGAAAAUUUCAGUCCAGAAGAAUUGAUCUUGACUGUUAAUAAAGACAAUGGCAGAGAGAUCUUCCCAUAAUAGAGCAAUCCGAUUCAGCAUCAGUAAACCGAUAUUGCAUGAAGCAACGAUAAAAUUGCAAAAGAGCAGCAUUUUUAAUUUUUACAAAAUGUCUAAGUUUUCAGCUAUACCUGCACGUUCAUAACCAACAAUAUAAACAGUGAUCUCAUGUAACACAUAAACAAUUCAUGCCUUUCACAGUUUAUUAUUAAAGUCUAAACAAAAUGAUAAUUUGUUAGGUGGCAAAACCUUUUUUGUUUACAAAUUAAAUGAAGAUUACCCUCAAAUGCUAGAAGCUGUAUAGGUACGGUGUAUAAUGUUUUAUCACACGUUAGAUGUGCCAAUAACACAGUUUAUUCAGUAAACUUGAAUCUUGUUCUUGUUUAUCUGGUUUUAUUAUUAUUAUUAUUAUUCCCCUAUAAAAUGAUGAACCCCUAAUCCUAUGAAAAUAUUUAAUGCUUACAAAAUGUGCUUUGUAUAUCUGAUUUAAUACCUUCUGAGGUAGUCAUGAUUUUAGUAUUUCAACUUAAUUUUCUUUGUUUUCUGCCUUGUUCUUCAUUAAAUCCAGAAAGCUUCCAUUUGCCCUUCACAAGUCCUAAAUCUAUAAACUGUCAUUAUUUUGGGGAAACUUGUACUUUCCUUAUAUUACAAGAUUAUUACUCUGUAAUAACUCUAUUGUUUUUUAUUGAUUUUUUCCCUUUAUGUUAUUUGAAAAAAAAACAAAAAAAAUUGUGUUUCAUUUCAAAACCUGGUCAACAUUUAUAAUCUAGUUCAGAGCGAAGCCUUAAAUUGUACAGAACUUCCACUGUAAACUAUUGAGUGUUCAGUUAUAAAUAUCCAUUGAAGAGUUCUAUUCUCCAUCACACUGUCAACUGCAUCACAACACAUGGUGAAUGUAUGUUUCUGCAUAGUGAAAUAAAAGUGGUAAAUGCAUUCAAAA